CCGCUGAGAUCCCGUCCCGGUGGGAUCCCCAUCCCGGUGGGAUCCCGUCCCGUUGGAGCGGCCAUGGCCGCGGGCCGGGCUGGCCGAGGCGCGAGGACCGUCGUGGUCGGCGGCGUCCCCGCCGGCCUCCUGCAGGACGAGCUCCUGGCCGACAUCCUCACCAUCCACUUCCAAACGUCGCGGAACGGCGGCGGCGACGUCGAGGAGGUGGCGUAUCCCGCACGGGGCCCUGGAGUCGCCUACGUGACCUUCGAGGAUCAAGAAGUUGUGGAGCGUGUUCUGAAGAAGGAUCAGCAUCUCCUGCAGGACAAGAGGCUGGCCAGGCCGUAUCCCCUGACGGUGACCCGCUACAGCCACAGCGCCUUCCUCUGGGUCACGUGCACCCUCAGCCUGGCUGUUUUCAGCGACCACUUGGUUUUAGAGGAUUUGGUGGAGGAGAUGAGGAGGCAGAGCCCGGCGCUGAGCUUUGGGCCUUUGCGGCGUGACGGGCAGAUCGCUGCGCGAGGCUCCUUCCCGGCACUCCGGGGGCUGAGAGAAUUCCUGCUGCUGAAGGCAAAAUCCCUCUCAGAGGAGCCCAGGAGAGAGGGAAAACCCCACCAGAGGCCCAGGAGGAAGAUGCAGGAGCACAGAGGCGCCGCGGAGACGAGGAAUUCCGCCCGGGAAGCGCAGAGGGAAAAGCAAGUGCUGGUUCUGGACGCGGAUAUCUAUCGCUACAUGAGGUGCUUCCUUCCCGGAGCCUUCCAGGGAAACGGCGUCGUCAUUUCUGCUGUCACCGACGGUGACAUCGCCACGGUGUGCAUUGAGAGCGCUGGCAGCAAGGCUGGUGCUUUGCAGGGAUUAAGGGCCAAGAAAACGAUUGAGGGUUACUCCGUGGAGCUGCAGAAGGUGCUGAGGAAGGAAAGGAUCUGCCUCAAGGAGCCCAGCAGAGCCGAGAGGCAGAGACACAAACAGCUCUGCGAAAGGCUCAGACCCCGGUUCCCCAAAGUGCUGCUCAUCCCCUGGGACACCCACAUGGACCUGGUGGGACCUCCUGCAGAUGUUUUUGGGCUCGCAGAGGAGGUGAAGAGGCUCUCCGGGUAGGAGUGAGGGUUCCUGGAGUUUGGAUUUCUCACCCAGACUGUGCCUGCGGCCCCGUGGCGCUGCAGACCUCCCUCCGUGCCUCUGGGGUGUCACUUUGUCCCACUCACAGGCUGGCAGCUCUGCACGGGAGGGUGACCAAGCCUGGCCCCCCCCCCAAAUACCAAAUUAAGGUCAGAACAAAAAAAAAUUCAAUGAUCUCUGCAUCUUUCAUGAGCUUGGGGCUGUUUCUGCCCAGAAACGGCCACAUUUCCUUUUGGUACCUCAGUGCAUUCUCAUCCCGGCUUGCUGUCAAGGAGUACAUGAUGAGAAAAGAGAUUUUUUUUUUUUUUUUUUAAUUAAUUUUUUUUUAAAAAUCUGAGCUGGGUGUGGCAGCCAUGUAGGAAAGCCUGCAGGGAAGUUCUGUGAGCACAGCAGGCAGGAACGGGGACCUUUCCUGGGCCUUUAUCUGCAGAGGGACCCUUGAGAAGAGAGCUGGGACACUUGGCAGAGCAAAAUGCACCCGGAGUGGACAGGCUUGAGAAAGCCUUGAAAACUCUUCCCUGCAGGAAACAGGCAAGUUGGUUUUCAUAGGAGCAAUAAUGUUUUUUUUUUUUUUUUUUCCAGCUGUAAAGGCUUCUGCAGCAUCUCUUGACAGCUCCUUAUUUACACAUGAAAGUGUGUCCAGAGAUUUGAUGGGAAAAUUUGGGGGCGUUCAGACUUUGGAAUCAGAUUCUGUUUAUGCAAAUCUGUUUCUGUAUCCAUUACAAGGGCACAAAUGUUUGGUUUUUUUUUUUUUUUUUUUUAACCCAUUUAGAAAAUAGCUUUUAUUUUGUGAUAUCUGUGUGUUUAGAAUUAUUUGUCAAAACAUCCAGAGCAGCUUUUCUGCCUGAUGUGCAGGGAAAAGUUUUAGUGGUUUUUUGCCAUUAAAAGAAUUGUCCAAAACAUUGUGGCUGUGUUUUUUUAACCUAAUCCCAGAUUUUUGGUUGGAAGCCCAGACCUGAAGCCCAAGAAACGCUCGAGGCAUUUUCUUGUCGUGGCUGAUUCUGCAUUGCAGUGGUGCCAGUGAGAGGUGUUAAAGCAAAAUAUUAAAAAGGAGUGUCAAAGCAGCAAGCUGGUGAGCUUAAGUGCUUUGCUGAACUGGGAGAGGGAUAUUUAAAGAU